AAAAAGCGUGCAUGUCUGCAUGGAAGAUAAGUUCUGUGUGUGAGGGGUUUGUUUGGUGCAAUGAUAGGCAUGGCUGUGUAAUAAACAAGACAAACCAGAGAAGAGAAACGAGCUGUCUGGUUUUCAGAGUAAAGCCAACGGGCAGGGACAGCAGAUGUUUGUGAAAAUGACAGUGAGACGGUCCAGCUAUAUGGGAAGAAUUAUUUAAAAAGGUGAGCUAAAGAGGAAAAUGGUACAUUCUGACACGACCACGCAACAUUUGGCUGUUUUAGCUCCAAGAAUCUGGAUACUCUGAGGGGAUUUUUGACUGUGUUAGGUGCACUUUCAUGGUAUUUCAGUCUUUCAUCUCUCUUCAAAACCAUUUUCACUGAGCUCUUAAUAAGAUUACCUAAAAGUUGUGAAGCCACUCAGUCCGGUUUUUCCAGCUGCUGUCGUCCUCAUGACUUGACGAUCUCCUCGGGACAAACUCUUCCAGACUGACAGGGGAACGGGUUCUGAUACUGCAUCUUUACAUAUCUGCCCGGAAAAAGAAGAAAACCGACUCUUCAGGAAAAUCAGUGCAGACCAAAAGCUUUAUAAAUUUCACAAGAUAAUGUAUGAUGCACUCAGUACAACUUAAGAUCAGUCGUCCUGUCUCCUUUGAAGAAAAGCAGCCCCAAAGCAUGAUGUUUCCACCCUCAUGCUUCAUGGAUUCCCUCCACUGAAACGCAGCAUCCUCGGUAUUGUUGCGCCUCCGGUCUCCUCCUCCUUCCCCCUCCCAUCCCUCAUCAUCCAUCCGCUCCUUCUCCUGCUCACCCCGACCUGCGCAUCUCCUCCUCGGACACAAUGACGAACGAUUCCCCGGAGGAGGAGGGCCGAGCUCCGGGCAGCGGCGCAGGAGUCGGGAGGGGAGCGGCGCGGAGAGACAAUGUCACCAUCCUGACCUCCAGCAUGGAUUUCCCCAGAGCCAGCAGGAGCCGGGCCGGCAGCGCCAACGACGCCGCCCCGAGCUUCACGUCCUCCGUGGAUCUGAGCACCUCGUCCCUGGAGACGAGCAUCCAGACGCGGAUCUUCAAGAUCAUCGUCAUCGGGGACUCGAACGUGGGGAAGACGUGCCUCACCUUCCGCUUCACCGGCGGGAGCUUCCCCGACAAAACGGAAGCCACCAUCGGGGUGGAUUUCAGGGAGAAGGCGGUGGAGAUUGAAGGAGAAACCAUUAAGGUACAAGUGUGGGACACGGCAGGCCAGGAACGUUUCCGGAAGUCCAUGGUGGAGCACUACUACAGAAACGUGCAUGCAGUGGUCUUUGUGUAUGAUGUCACCAACAUGGCUUCCUAUCGUAACCUGCAGACAUGGAUUGAGGAAUGUAACGGCCAUCGAGUGUCUGCGUCGGUUCCUCGGGUCUUGGUGGGAAACAAAUGCGACCUUGUGGAUCAAAUACAGGUGUGCAUGCACAGAUUUUGUCCUGGUUUUAGACUUUAUCCAUCAGUCCUUGUUCAUGUCCGUCUCCGGAUGUCUCCCCAGGUCCCCUCCAACACAGCGCUUAAGUUUGCUGAUGCCCACAACAUGCUGCUGUUUGAGACAUCGGCAAAGGACCCCAAGGAGAGCCAGAAUGUUGAUUCCAUCUUCAUGUCUUUGGCAUGUCGUCUGAAAGCUCAAAAAUCCCUCCUAUACAGAGACGUGGAGCGGGAGGAAGGAAGAGUACGUCUUUCUCAAGAGACUGAAACAAAGAGUAGCUGCCCCUGUUGAGGAGACUUGGCAGAACCAGGAACCAUUUACAAGAAAUGGGUUAAUAAGAGAGUCGUAGAGAUGGUAUGACGAUCUGUUUUUAAGGCUAAUGUAAAAGACAAGAAAAAGAUGGUUGAGCUUUUUCAGGAAGAGGAAACAUUGCUUCAAAAAGGUUCUUGAGCCUACAAAUGAAGGAAAAGGAGUUCAGAUGUGAGAUAAAUCAGUAAUGAUCUUUGUCUGCACAGGCAGGUUUUAAGCAAACAUGCAAGAAGUUUUCUGAAAACCAGGCCAGCUUUGAUGUUUGUUGCAGAUAUGAAUUAGUUCUGGCUCUUCCUUAUUGUUCUCAACAAAUACAAUGGUUAAUUGAAAUGAAAGCAGGAUUUCCCAACCUUUAUCUACUGCCUUAUAAUCCAAAAAGCUGCCUCCUUCAUAGUUCUCAUGAAUCACUGAGGAAUGAGGUGUGACUUUUUUUUUAGCAUUUAAUUUGCUGGUUGUGCAGACUCGUUGAGUGGGUUAUUAAAAAAAAAGGAUAAGCCAUUAAAUGUACCUGGCAUCUGCUUAACUUAUUGCCUUAGAGAGACCGAUGGCUAAACUCACUAUGAGCUCUUGUCUAAAGUACAAAGGUAGGAUGAGCAUCUCAGAAAAACUUAAAAUGGAUCAAAUGGUGAGCCAAAAACUGCAGGUGAGCCUAAUGGACCUAUGUAAAAAGAUCUGGAAAAGCUCACCAUUUAUUGGCUGUCUAGCUGCAUGUCACCUAUUGAUUCAGAAGAUGUGAGAUCGUCUUACCCUGAGAAAUGCACUCCUCCACAAAGAAGGGACAGCAAAGGCUCUUCUAUAUCAUUUCCUGUAGCAGACACAUCAUUGUGUGCAAGAGCAGAAUAAUCAUUUUAACUUUUGGGACAAAAUACAAAUAUGUCCAAACAACAGUGCACUGAUCGUCAAUUCUGAUGUUUUCUAGAUCAUGUCAUACAACACAUCGUCUGAUAAAUAAAACAGCAGAUAAACAAACAACAUACCAAUAAUGGCUAUUUAACAAGGACUUAAACUGUAGGAAUUGAUUUUUCAACCAGCUUUUGCAGUAAUAACACCAAUACAACUUUGUCUUGACCUCUGAAGGCACUUUCACAUUGCUGCAUUUGGUCUGCACCAAAGUUUGUACCUUGGACGGUUCAAUUUCUUCUGUGUGAGAGCUCAUACGAACUCAAGUCGGGGCUAACUGAGGUUUUACCAAGUGUACCUGCAAGUGAACUCUGGCACAGAUCACAACAAUUUGAAUGCACACAGACUACAAAUCACAUACAAAUAAUCAAGAAUGAAUUUGACAAAGCAAGAAUUAUGAAAACGUUCUUAUUUGUAAACAUGGUCUAGUAUGGAAAGGGCUUGUUAUUUUGCAGAGAGAAUGAUUGAGCAGCAGUGAAGCCCUUUUUUCACCAUCACGCUUCAGUCUUUACUUGUUUGUGCCAGAAUGCUUAUUCUAAGCUGUCUUCUAAAAAAGCUAAUUGACUGAUUUUCAAGAUGAGUUUCCUUAAAGUUGGAUUUGUAACAAAAGACUUUAAAGUCACAAGUGUUGGAUGUUUUGCCUCAAGCUGUUUGAGCUGUAUUUCUUGCCGUCUGUUUUUGGAGCUUCAGUAUCACUGUUCAAAUACAUGUUUUCUAGAUUGUGGUUUGAACAAAAGUUUAUUUCUAAGUUUCGCUGACUUUGUUCAAAACUUAGGAAAACAUGUGGCUUUUUUUCUCUGUUCUUUUUUAGACUUUGAAGUUUGGUUUGUUUGUUCAUCAAAAUGUUUUUAAAUAUUAUUCCAGCUUUUGCUGAAUUUCUGUAACACUUCAAGGGUUGUUUAUAUGAAGUUGACCAGUUUGUUAAAGACCUGAUGACUUAAAAUUUGCCCUAAUGCAUAAAAGUAAAAAUUGUACUUUUUUGUGUGGCUUCACAAUUUACUCUCCUCAUCAA